GCAGCACGUCAACACACACAAAAUUGAAAACGGGAAAUGUGCAGCUUGUCGGACCAAUUAUUUCGUAUGGAUAAAAGAUAACUUGAAUAACACAGACAUACAUUAUAGUUUAGAAGUUUACAAUGGGUAUCCUUCUUUCCAGAUUCAGAAAGAAGAAGUCUACCAUUGAGAUAUUAGAUGAUAUUGACAAGCAAAUAUCCAGUUUGCAACAGUUUCGCCGACAGAACCAAGAGAGACAAAAGAAAUUCAUUGGACGUUUGAUAUUGUAUUCUAUUGUGAUGUAUAUUGGUGCAGCUCUGAUUUUUUACUUUUACUACCUACCACCCACAUGGACAAAAAGACUGAUAUAUUCAUCACCUCUGUUAAUAUUUCCAAUUUUGAUUUUGUUAUUGAAGAAAUUCCUUCAUUGGUAUUAUGUAAAAAGAAUCACAAAAAAUGAUCUGGCUUUAAAUGAACUACAGGAAAACAAGAAAAAAAUUCUUGAAGAUGUUAUGGAAACAGAAACUUACAAGAAAGCUAGAGAAAUACUACAAAAGUAUGAUCCUGCCAGAUUUAAACAAUUAGAGACCCCAGGACCAUCACCACCAAAAGUUAAUGAGGGAUCUGUUUUACGACAAAGAAAUUUACCUUCCAAUGCCAAACCAACACCACAGGUGAGACCAGCCACCCCUUAUCAAACAAGACAUGGUACUCCUAGAUUAAGGAUGAAUACACCACAGUCAACACCUAGACAUCCUCAAAGUUCUGGAAUGAGACCACGAGCUCUUGUCACUCCUCAGAUGAAUGGAAAUUAUGAUCAGGUUAGGGGACCACCUUUACCAAGGCCUAUAUUACCCCGUGAGAGGUCAGCAAUGGAUAAAGUGUUAGAAUAUCUUGUUGGAGAUGGACCACAAAACAGAUAUGCUCUCAUAUGUAGAUUUUGUCAUUCUCAUAAUGGAAUGGCUUUAAAAGAGGAAUUUGAAUAUAUAAGUUUUAGAUGUUGCUACUGCUACCAGAUGAACAUGGCUAAGAAACAGAGACCUUUUGCACCUAAGUUAGAAGUGCCUCCACCAUCUACCAUGUCAACUAGUUCUGGAAAUAAACUUGUGCUAUCAAGUACAAUUGAGGAAGGAAGUGAAAGUGAUGAGGAAGAGGAAGAAGAUUCGGAACAAGAUCAGGAUCCUAGUGAUGAAGAUAAAACAGGGAGUGCAGCCCCUGAUAACAGUAGAGACAGUGGUAUAUCAAAUGCAGAUAUAGAUAAGGGGAGACAAUCUGACAUUGACAAUAAAAAAAAUUGUCCUCAAGUGAAUGGUGUCGGUACAGAUGAAGAGUCUGAAAAAGAAGCCAGACCAAGUUGAAGAUGAUUUAGUCUAAACAUGAACCAGUUAUGACAUCUAGUCACUUCAUAUCCAGUCCAGCAAAUAUACAUGCAAAUAUAUUGGUGUUAUCUUUUAGUUAUUUAUUACAAAUAUAUGAAAAUAGUCCAUUAUAUAAUGAUAUAAUAAAUGCAUUGCCAUUUUAAAUAGUAUAGGUGUUGACUAUGG